CACUAGCGUGUCUGACUUUUCAAGGUGUCAUUCAGAUUUUGCAUUUAUUUACAAAUUAUCUUCGUAAUUUUAAGCGAUUCAAUGAUAUCUUGUAACGUGGCAAAAUACUAAAAGUGGUGUAAAAUGGUUAAGGUAAUAUUUCUCCACCCAGAUUUGGGUAUCGGAGGCGCCGAGCGACUGGUAUUGGAUGCUGCACUGGCGUUCAAGAAAAAGGGCCACGAAGUAGCAUUUUACACGAACCAUCAUGAUCCUUCUCACUGUUUCGCGGAGACCAGGGAUGGCACUUUCCCCGUGUCGGUCGUGGGAGACUGGAUACCGCGCUCUAUAUUCGGUAGAUUCAAGGCAGCGUGCGCUUACGUACGCAUGGUCUACGCCGCUGUUUACAUGGCAUGGUACGUCAUACCGGCUGAGGAACCGACUCUUAUAUUCUGCGACUUGAUAUCCCUGUGCAUUCCCUUUUUGAAAAUGGCUAGAGGACCGUACCGUGUCGUGUUUUAUUGCCAUCAUCCUGAUAAGCUUUUAUCCUCUGAAGGGGGCUUAUUGAAAAAGCUGUACAGAGCGCCACUGAAUUUUUUAGAAGAAUUAACAACAGCACAAGCAGAUAAAGUGCUUGUCAACAGUAAAUAUACUGCCAGGGUGUAUCAAGAUGCAUUCCAGAGAAUCAAGGACAUACCAGACAUCUGUUAUCCAUCUAUCAACACUGAGUUCUUCAGACAAACUACUCCAAAACCCUUGAAGGAGGUUGUUCCUGUAGGUACUGACAAGUUCAUAUUCCUGUCUAUAAACAGAUAUGAGAGAAAGAAGAAUCUGCAGCUAGCCUUGAGAGCAUUUGAGCAUUUAAAACACAUUUUGAAUGAGGCUGAUUGGAACAGGGUUCAUUUAAUAAUGGCGGGAGGAUUUGAUCCAAUAAACUUGGAAAACAUGGAGCACUACAUUGAGUUGACUGAUUUAGUGGCUGAGUUGGAUAUAGAGGAAAAGGUAACAUUUAUGAAAUCUCCCAAAGAUGAUGAGAAAGUGUCUCUUUUAUAUAACUGUAGAGCUUUGGUGUAUACUCCAUCAAAUGAGCAUUUUGGCAUUGUCCCUCUGGAGGCUAUGUAUUUCAAGAAGCCAGUUAUAGCUGUGAACAGUGGAGGUCCCACAGAGACUAUUGUCAAUGAGGUAACAGGGUUCCUGUGUGAACCGAACAGUAGAGCAUUUGCUAAUGCCAUGAGCAAAUUGGUGAUCAACCCAGAGUUAGGAGAAAAACUGGGGGAGGCAGGCCUAAAGAGGUUUGAAACUAAGUUCUCAUUUGAUGCAUUUACUGACCAGUUAGAUGGGAUUUUAAAUAGAGAGAGGCAGAUUGUGUCCGAGGCGAGAGCUAUUGAGUACGAGAACCGUAAACGUAAAUAACACGAUGCCGGCACUCCAACAAUAUGUGAUAUUGUUUGAGUGUGCUAACCAAAGAGAAGUCCACAUAGUACAACAAUUUUGGUGGCUCAAUAAUUAUGAUGGCUUUGAAUAUGUACAACUAAUUAAAGGUUCUAUCAAAGCUUGCGUUAUGACAAAAUGUAAUAUAGCUAUGUAAAUAUUUAAGAUACAGUCAUAUAGAAAAACAGCUAACAAUAUUCUCAUUACCUUGUAACUUUAUGGCAACCAUUCCAGGAGUUUCUCAAUUUGUAAAGAAUAAAAUUUUUUAUGUGACUGUAUUGACAUUAUUAGCUGGGCUUAGACUAGAGUAGAAAAACCAGUGGGUACUAAUACUUAUUCUAAUAUCUUUGAUAUCUAAGAUUUUUUGUUUCAACUCUCAUGCACAUAUUGCUAAACUACCAAUGUUAAGUUUAUAAAAAAAUCUAUAACAUACAGUUUGUAUACUUGUCUAUUAUUUUAAGAACAUAAUUUUGUACAUAUGGCUGUGCUAAGCUAAUUCAAUUGCUAGAAGUUAAUAUUUUUGAAUGUUUUUUUUUUUGUAAAAAGUAAUUGUAAUGCCAUGUGGACUAGAUGAGUAGAUCAUAAAACUAGAAUUUAAGAGUUCAUGUUGUUAAUUGUUGCAAUCUGCUUAGAAUUCAAGUUAUAUUUAAUGAAGGUAACAUAUGCAAUUAGCAAAGGCCUUCGAUUUUAUUCUGGCGAUUUUCUAAGCUAAUGCCCAAAUGCUUUACUUAAAAUACUAAUCUGUCUUGUACAAUAUAUUACUUACGCUUGCCUAAAGUCACACAUAGUUUGUUCUAUGGGAAAUGUUAUAAAAUGUCCUACUUAAAAUUGUUGCAAUGAUUCAGAAAUAUGACUUCUUAGUUUAUGGCUGAACCUUGGUGACUUUAUUAUUGUUUACAGAUCAGAGCAUCAAUAAUUUUAAUGAUAGAAUCUUAUUUUGAGUGGUAUGAAAAGUCCCAUAUUAAGUGGUUGACUUCAGAGUGACAGGGCUGUAAAGAAUAUAUUUGUAUGUGUUAUAUAUUUGUUGUUUGUAUGCUUAAACUAACUUUGCUAGUAUGAUUUUGGAUCUUAAAUAUUUAGUAAGCAUAGCUAGUCUUGUUCAGUAAGUGGACAUUUUUGUACUGUGGAACAAUAAGAGAUAUUUAGAAAUACCUUUAGUUUGUAUACCUAUUUGCUUUCGAUUAUACCCUCCUGAUAUAGCAUUGCUAAAAUCGAAUAAAAGUUAGCUUGACUUUGAAUAAAUAUACCAAAAAAAACGAACAUAUUUUCUUAAGCAUAAUGUAUAUUAAAAAUCUCACAUAAGUGUACUGAAAAUUGAAGAGAGAUAGCAUUUUGUUUGUUGUUAAUGGUUGUACUGAUGUAAAUAUAUGGUUAUUGUAAAAA